AUGAGUAUUCCAGCCUUGAACAAAUGGACGACUGUGGCGCCCUGCGCUUCACUUGUCGCUGCCCAACAGCAUUUCUGUGAGGUGUUGCCUGCUGCCUUUGAGGCUUGUUUCGGCAACCGACAAGAAGUCUCAGAAGAGUCGGAUGUGGACGAAGGGGUGGCCUUGGGACAGCCUGUAGAUCAAACAGCAAGGUGGCGAAAGCUCGCGCGGAAGCGUCAGCAGAAAGGAAGCAUCUUCUUGAAAGAUCCUGAAUCUCGCUUUCGCACGCUAGCGUGGACAGUGCUGACUAUGCCCAUUAUGCGCAUUCACUAUUCAUUGUUCAAGCACGCUACAUGGUUCACAGAACGGCCAAGGGAUGAUGGGAGCAAUGGAGGCCAUGGGGAAGACACAUCCUCUGCAUUUGGCAUGGUGGCAGCUCGGCCCACCCAGAGAGCACUUUCUCAGUUUGCAGACAUGGUGCAGAGCCCUGACAACGAUGCAUGGCUACCGCUAGUUGCGUUUUAUGGUCCAGUACGGCAGUGGCCUCAGGCCAGGUUGCGGACCGCAAGGCGAGCCGUGUGCACCAUUAUUGGGCAGCUUUGGAGAAAGCUUGCUGAGCCAUGGCAACGAUAUCCUUGGAAGUUGCUUGGCCUGUUGUCGGAUGAUGAUGGAGCAAGGACAGCUUGCGCCCAACAGUUGUUGGACAGCAACUGCUGCUGUCUGGACAACUUUUCGGAAAAGCUGCGUGGCAUCUGUCCAUCGCUUGAGGAGUUGUUGUCGGCAGACACGCGCGCUUUCGUCGAAGCGGUUUUCAACCGGGUCGUGCCCACCUCGACUUACGUGGAGCGUUGUUUUGCACGGUAUCAGAAGUGGACCUUGACCCGUGGCCACAAGAUCAGCUGUAGCCAGCUUGCUGCCAAGCACUACACGUACGCUAUGACCCACUUAGUGGGCUCGUGGCGCAAGAAUCGUGUGCGUGAUGGACUGAUGCAGCGGCCCCAGACCAACAGGGCUCGUCCCAAGUGGGUUCGCAAAAGACGACAUUCCCGCAGCAGCACUGGCCUGCAUCUGUUUACUCGGGAGUUUCGCGAACAGAAUGCAGCGGCUGCUGUUGGUCGCCGCCGUGCCAACCAAGGCUGGACGAUGAUUGCGCGGGCGCACCGAGCUUGGUCAGUUCUUUCUCGGCAGGAGCAGGCCAGGUGGACACAGAAGGCCAAAGUGCAGAACGCUGCUGCCAGAGACAGACUCAACCAGGAGCAGUUGCAAGAAGCGGCAGGGGAAGCAAACACGUUUUCGGGAGGCCCUUGGGGUAUAGGUUCGGAAGAAGGCUUCCCGCUAGCCCGCCACGUUGUGGUAGACAACGCGGAUCGCAAACGGACCAUGGAGCAAACCUUUGCAGAGCGCACCCAGCAGCUACAGCCCGAAAACUUGGAUAGUUUCGUGGGUGCGCCAGAUACAGAUCACAACCUUUUUGCCACCUGUGGGAGCCAGGUCUGCUUCAACAGUCUGCCGGCAGGGCUUCAAGCCGGGUUGAAGGGAUUUCACGCCCUGUUGGUUCAUACCAUCAUGAAGCGAGCUCCUUUGCCUCUGGCUAUGGCAGAGGAACCGCUUGUGUUGGCGUUCGCUUCUGAUGCCGCCGACUGCACGGAGUAUGCUGUUGUGGCGUACCACACACGCAAGGCCCCCGUAGAGGCUGCCAUGCUUCGCCUCGAAGCUGUUACUGAAGAACCCGAAGAGGAAAUGCCCGAGGAUGUCUCUUUGAUUUUAAGAAUGACGAGCUCCCAGGACGGGCAGUUGCAUUUCAGCAGCAACGAGUCCUGGUGCUUCCAGCUUUUUCAGCGAUCGACGGAUUGGGUCCUCUAUGUUUUGUCCGUGGGCCAGGUGCGAAAGUUGUGGCAAUUCGACAUUACGGGAAGUGAUCGUGUCCAAGAGGACAAAGUCAACAGUGAAAUGGCUGCAUCCAGUGAGAUGUCACGGGUCAUGCAAGCCCUGCGGGCUUUGCAAAGGAAACCCCAACCCAGAAAGCGGCCCACUCCCGAUGGGCCCUCGCGACCAGGAAAGAAACGAAAAGGGCCAAAGGCCGAGCAAGAGAAGGCGGAGGUCGCAGCAGCUGCUCCUGGCAAGCAUCAGACGGCUGAAUUUGGACGGGGGGAAGCGGAGCAAGAUGACGUGAGCGACCGUGGUAGUUCCCAGAGUGAUGCCGGAGAGGUAUUCUCAGCUUUCGCUUUGGAGGAGCCAGUGGAAGCUCCCUGGCUCACGUGGCGUCUGCAGCUAUCUCAAAGGUUUUACCUUUGCAUUGUUUUGAAUCUUAAAACCUGA